AUGCCUUCGUCAACAGAGAUGAACAGAUACUGGAUUCCCCGGUUGGAUAUUCACAAGAAGAUCAUCACUCAAGAGCUUCCCUAUUAUCUCGGGCCAGAUGCAACGGUCAGGCCGUACACAAAUGAGGGAGAAGAUGGAUUCCUCAUCACCACUCCAGGCCCUUGCUUGACAGAUGAGCAGAUCGACGAUAUCUGUAGGAAGUCCAAAGAAAUAUGGGAGCGCCAGGCGGCCAUUAGAGCCCAAGAAGCAGACAAGCCCCUCAAAAGACCGUUGCAUCAGCCGGUGGUGAUAUCCCGAGGGUCAAACGACUCGUCAAAAAGGAGACAUGACGCACACCGAAGCCACGAGCGACAUCGACGUUACGACGACAGGCGGCGGGAGUGA